GGGCCGGACACAGGAGAGCUGUGAGGUGUCAGCACAGGCCUCAGYGGAGGCCCGUUGCGUUCUUGUGUUGGAAAAAGUGAAUUGAGUUGGUGAAUUGCAAAAAAUGCCAGCCAGGAAUGAGAUACAGUUUGAAAAGUUAAUUGAUGAAGCAACAAGAAAAAAGGAUUUCCAAUCGUUAGAACAAUUUCUGGCCACAGAUGAAUGUGAAAAUGYCUCUCACAAAUGCAGCAAACAGUUUGCCAACAAAUUGGACAAGCUUCUGUGUUGGGCACUUGACAAACAGGAAGUCAAAAGCGUUUCUACUUUACUAAACGCUAUUCAGAAAUGUGGGAAAAAAAUCAGCAUAGCAGGAGAAGAUGGGCUCCCAGCAAUGAUAAAAAACGGGCUUGUUGGAAGGAUGGUCAAUUGGUUUGAAAAGUUAAAAGGAAUUUUGGUCCUCGGAGGAAAUGAAAAUAAUGAAAUGCUUACAGGUCUGGCUGAAGAUUUCUUCAACAUGUUGCUGGCUGUGUGUGAUAGCAGACCUGAAGGUAAAAUGCAAAUACUAGAAAACUUUGUUCUGAGAACAUGUUCCCUCAUCACUGAUGCAAGAAUUAAUAUUUAUGUUCAGCAGGAGGUGAUAAGAAAACUGAAUUUAUUGCUUGACAAGACCCCUCGAGAGACCAGGAAAAAGCUACUUUUUACRAAGGAGAUGUUACUUGUCAUGAGUGAAAUGGGGAGGAGAAUUCUGGAUGCCGGAGACUAUGACAUCCAAGUGGCCAUUGCAGAAGCUUUGUGCAGAAUGGUGUCAGAGAAGCAAAGGCAAGAACUGGCCCCACAGUGGUUUCCCAUGGAGUUUGUGUCCAAUGCAUUUAAAGGAAUUAAAGAUUCAGAGUUUGAGACAGAUUGCAGAAAAUUUCUUAACCAGGUGAAUGGCAUGCUUGGAGACAAAAGAAGGGUUUUUACAUAUCCGUGUUUAUCRGCUGUACUUGAUAAAUAUGAGCUCCAGAUACCAUCGGAUGAAAACCUGGAAGAGUUUUGGGUUGAUUUCAAUCUUGGCAGCAGAAGGAUUUCUUUCUAUGUGGCAGCAGAUGAUGCAGAUCCUCGGUGGGAAACAGUCAUUAUACCAGAAGAAGAUGUGAACAUGUACAGCCUAGAAGAAAAAGAUUCAAAGAAAUUAUUAACAAUUGAUCUAAAAAGCCCAAUGAAUGUGGGCGCUCUUGAAGGAGAGAAAUUUCUUUUAUAUUUUGAUUCCAUCUUGGAAAUCAAAGAUGUGACCAGAAAGAUUUAUGGAAUUCAUAAAUGUAAGGAUUUCAGCAAGAAGCAGUCUGCAUCAGUAGCCAAAACAACUGUCCAUGUUGUCUUUGAUGAAAGUGGAUCCCAGGUUCUGGUACCAGAAAGUCAGCUUUCAUCAGGUUUGAAAGAAAAAUCUGGAGAAGAGGAGGAGAAGCUYAGUAAGUACAAAACUCAGCAACUUCCUGGAAGUUUGAAGACUCAGAGUAAAAAUAACAGUCAAGAAAAGCACAAAGAUGACUCCUCCAAGAUAACUUCAUCCCACAAAAGGAAAAUGUCUGAAGCAUCUGUGCAUAUUCCUGGAGCUACAAGAGUUUCCACAAGGAGUCCACUAGAUUUUGUUAACACAUCCACUCCUUUUAAAGGGAGAAUUAAAUUGCCUUUGGAAAUGACCAGCUCUACUAAAAAGUCUGACAAUGAUGCAGUAAAUGAGAGCAGAACUAAGAAUCUCCAUCAGGAACCUCCUGGACAAAUGUGUUCUGAAGACAUUUCAAAAGUUGUACAAGAGGCCACAGAAAAGCAAACUUUAGAUGAAAUGUUAGAUAUUGUUCCUGAUUCUCAGCCAGUUGGGAGAAACAGCAAACCUUUGCUGCCUGGUCUUUUGGAGAGUUCUUUUGACAAAGUUGAAACGUGGAAAAAAAGAACGUUCCCUCUUCUGGAGAAGAGUGUAACAAAUGGGGACAAGCAAAAACCAAAUUCAUCACUKGCUCGUGCAUCUCAUCCAGCCAGAGUGACUGAUACAUCUUUGCRUUCUGAUUUUGCACAAGAGGACCCUGAUGUUCUCCUCAGAAAAGAGAMUGCAAAUCUGAAACAAUCAAAGACAAAACCAAAGUCUAAAGAAAUUGCAGAUGCAGCCAAAUCCCUGAUCAGUAAAAUCAGUGACAGAUACAAAAACAAGAGUGACGAGAAAAGCAAAGCAAGAGAUUCCCUGGGCUUUAACAGGACACAUUUAAAUAAAUCCUGGAUCUCUAAGGAAGAAGUUCAGGACAGGACCCUAAAAACCACUUCUUUCCUUAAYAUAACUGCUGGUCGUGUUCUGGAUGAUGUCUACAACUUUAAUAUCAGUGGGUUUGAUGAGCCUACAAUCAAGCUUGGGAUCCAAGAAUUGCGUGUGACUGAACUGAGUGUCCAUACAGAGACAAACAAAAAAGGGAACACAAACKUCGGUAAAUCCARCACAGAAGUGAAAGAAGGAAAAAAGAUUAGAAACAAUCGAGACAAGAAGCAUCUCUUUAGUGACUCAGACACAGAAAACAGAGGGGAUGACAGCAAGACAGAGAUUAGUUGGCUACAGGAAUCCAAGAGGAAACCUAAAGCCCAGAUAAUUGAUUACAGUAGAAAUAAAAAAUUAGGGAAAGCAAUAAUCACAGACAAAACAGAUAAAUUGUCUGAACCUGAUUGCUACAUGGAUAAACCUAAAGGCAAAAAUGCAAGGAAGAAAAAGAUAAACAAAUGUAAACCACAGAACUUAAAACCGGAUGAAAUGAUAGUAAAAUCCACCAGAAAAAAACUGCCUCGAAGAGCAGCAGCAACAAAAAAUUACAAAGAACCUUCCAGUUCUGAGUCAGAGAGCGAAGAAGAAAUUCCAACAUGCACCUCUAAGGAGGAGAAAUCCAAAAYACAGAAACAUAAGAAUGGGGCAAGCAAGGAUUAUAAGCAGCCCAAGGUACUGCCGAUUGUAUCUCUGGAGCCAAAGGGGAUAACUGGAGCCAAGAGAGAGGAUAACUACGUGCAGAAAGCACUGAUCAGAUCCAGGAAUUCUGCAGAACAGAAGGAAGUGGAAAUGCCUUCAUUUGAGAGCCCUGCCUCCCUUGAGAAAAUGAGAUGUGCUGACAGAGUAUCAGAUGUUAGUCUGGAGCACAGUUCCAGUGAAAGGUCUCUUGGUCUUCAGCAGUCAACACCAGAAAACAGGGAAAUGUUAAAUUCUGAGAAAGGACUCUCUCCUAAUAAUUUCUCUCCACAAAAUAAGAGUAUGGAGAGUCUAGGUUUAACUCAGACCCCUGAGACAACAGUUACAAAGUUGACAUUUGGAAGGAAAAGUUUCUCACCAGUUUUAACUGAAGCAUCUUUGCUCAGCUUAACCACAUUUAAAACUGUCAGUGGCAAAACCUCCAAGGGAGCUCUAUCAGAAACCUGUGAUAAUAAUGAAGAUUCAAGUYUCCAGCAUUGCUUUUCAGACACAUUUUCUGCUAAAGGCAAACUGCAGGAUACCACGAAAUCUGUCCCCAAAAAUAAGGAGGAGCUCAGCUUAACAAUGUACAAAAGUGACAGUGGAAAACGUGCAAAGGGAGCUGUGCUGGAAGCAGGGAAUAACAACGAAGAUUCAAGUCUCCAGUCUUGCUUUUCAGACACACUUUCUGCUAAAGGCAAACUCCAGGAUYCCACCAAACCUCUCACGAAAAGUAAAGAGGAUUGUGUACCACCAUCUCCAGUGUCUGUUUCCAGCAGGAGGAGAGUGCAGUCUUGGAUUAAAGAACCUUAUGAUCCCAUGAAUGAGUCAGGACCAAGUGUACAGACAUUCUGCAAACGAACUUAUCGCAGUGACACAGAAAGCAGCUCUGAUGAGGCAGAAACAAGCAAAGAGGAGGAAAAGAAAGGGAGGAGAAGAAUAAGUUUACAGCCCAGAAAAUUAUUUAAAACAGAUGAUGCUGCUACUUUCAGAGUGUCUGAAAGUGUCUCCACUCGAUCUGUAAAUGACCUGUCUGGUUUGGAUGGAGGAUUCUGGGAGCCUGGUUGUUCAACCAUCAGCAUUUGUCAGAAGCUGCAGAAAGAAUUUACCAAGAAAAUUGAGAACCGCUCCCGGAAAAUGGAUACUUUUCACAAGCAAACAUUGAGAGCUGUCCAUCAGCAUUGGUCAACAAUGAGUUACCAACUCCAUGAAUGCAGGAUCAGACAGCUGGAGAAAUUCCAUUUUACUCUCACUGAGGAACUUGAGAACUUUGAAAAGGAUUCUCAGUCCCUGAAAAUCAUGGAAAAAGAAUUCUUGGCCUUUUGGAAAAAACAUUCCCAGACUUUUAGUACGUACAUGAAAAAUGAGCAGCAGAGAGUUCAGAUUCUUAAAACUUCAUUUGAAAAGAAUAUCUACCAUUCUGUUGACCAUGAAGAAAAUGUUUUUAAUUCACAGAUGCAUCUGAUGAAGGAAGACAUAAAAGGACUCCAAGAGAAAUUUCUAAAAGAAAUGCAAGAAGAGGAGCUGUGUAAUGUUCGCAGGGGAUUGCAGACCUUGUUUCAAUCAAAGGCAGAAUUUUGAAGUGAUCUUUCAGAUUCCUUCCUGGAAUUCAAGGAGCAGAGCAGAGGCCGGGCUGGCUGUGAUGGAAGGAGCGGAGAGAGCGGAAGGAUGGAGACACUCAGAGCUACACCAGGGUUAAGGUGCACCAGUGCCACUGCUCAGGGGCAUUGUUUGACAUCUAAAAAGCUGCUCAAAGUUACCCUUAAAAUAUUUUUAUUUUUAUGAUACUUUUUAACAUAAUUUUAAUGUGUUUUAUAUACUUACUAUCAGUGGAAGUGUGCAUCAUUGUUAAAUAGGAGUGUUWCUUUGCAUGGAUUAUUAGCCACGUUUAAUUUGUAGUUAACAGUGGGUCAUCUGCUCUGCUCAAACUGAAAAUGCUGCUUCUGCUGAAGAAAUGUUGCUCUCCUUGCUGUUUAGCCUUUUUGUAUAGUGCAUCUGGACUAUCAUACUGUUAAGAAAUAACACUACAUUAUUAAGAAAAUUAAAAUGAUAAAUAGAUGUAUGUUAAAAGGCUAGUUAUGAUGUUAUAUAUUUCUGUGAAAAGCCAGCAAGUUAAAAAAUUACAAUAAAGAGGAAAAAAUACAUAUUUGGAUCAAGUGAUGGGGUCAUUCAAAUCUUCAGCUGAUGGUCAAGUAAGACAAACAUUAAAAUGUUGACACCACCUCUCCCAGGAAUCUUUAAUUCCUUCUCCCAUUGCACUUACACAGGCUUUAAKUGUUGCACUGCAUUCCUACCUGACAGUUUGUCCAGGAGCAGCUGCAGUUCCUGUGAUUCCAUCCCCACCUGGGCACAGAACUCACACUGUCUGUGGGGACUGUUCCCCCCUCACAGCAAGUCAGUAGUAGUCUAUACAAACACUUUGACAGACUGCAUUUUAUUAUUUUCACACUUCAUGGAGAUCAUCUCAAUGAAGCUACAAGACCAAGAAUGCCUUUUUCAAGUUUUUAACAUGGAAUGACUCCCUAGAACGGUAGCACUUCAGAGUCUUGCAGGCCAAUGUUUGCMUUGUGAGUGUAUUCACCAUUUUGUUCUGUCUCAUCAGGUGUGCUUUCCAGCUAUCAGUGUAUUAUUUUUCUCACAAGUGUUUUUUUUUCUCUUAGUAGUAGUAUUAAGUAAAUCCUCAGAUGCUUCUCCAUGUUAGGCAUUAUUAAAAUGUCUGCCUUUACUUUUUCCUCAACCAGUUGUAGUUACUUUGUUAUUACCAUUUAGUAACUUUUUUCUUCUUACUGUCAAGAAACCAUUAAAACCAUUUGUUUGCCAAACAUCAAAGUACAUUGUUACAUUUCUGUCUCUGGUUGUCCAAUUUAGUAAUAUUGAAGAACAGUGAACCAAACUGUCAUUCUUUAGAGGCUCAGARCCUCAACUGGUGCA